UCGAUGGCGGGGAAGCAAAACCGCCGCGUCUCGUAAAGCGCAGCCAUUACCGCGCGGUCGCACUGUACGCAUGCGCGGACUUAGACAAUUGCGCGCCAAAACUAUCCGCGCUCGGAAACUUUGACGAACAUUCUUUUUUUGAAUGAAGAUAAAUAUUUUUAAAUACAAUUAAUUGAUAGUUACUUUUUAGAAUAGUUAGUGUUGUGUUCUUGUUGGAAGGAGACGAGUUUUACACAAAAUGAAAUAUAAGGUCAAGGACAUAGAUGCGGAGAGUCACACCUCCGGGAAAGCGACAACAGCAAGCUCCAUAGAAGAAAAGCUAGAGCGCACGGUGCGAUGCUCGUCAGUGCUAAUAGGGGCACUCGGCAUCUCUCUUAUAGCGCUGGCGGUGUACACAGCAGUGCUGGUGCUGACGGAGUACCGGAGCCCGAGGCCGUGCGUCAGUGAGCAGUGUGUGGGGACUGCGUCAAGAAUCCUACAAGCACUAAAUAAAGACGUGGAACCUUGCAAUGACUUCUACGAGUUUGCGUGCGGUGGCUGGAUCAAGAGGAACCCUGUCCCCGACUGGGCCACCUCCUGGGACCAGCUGGCGAAGCUUCGAGAACAACUGGUCAAUGACCUCAGGGAGCUGCUCGAAGCUAAGGAUGAAGAGGGCCUGCCCGAGAGUGUGAUAAAAGCGAAGAGUUUGUAUAGGACUUGUGUUAAUACUGAUAAACUAGAAGCCGACGGCAUCAAACCAAUCCAGAAGAUCCUAGUAAAGCUGGGUCUACCGCCACGGCCGCCGACGGAGGUGAGCGCCAACUUCACGUGGGAGGACGUCGCGGGACGAGGGAGGAGGAACCUGGGGCUCAAUGUGCUGCUCAGCGUGCAGGUCGCUGAGGAUGUCAGGAAUACCAGCAGGAACCGGGUUGUGAUCGAGCAAGUAUCCCCCGGGUUCAGCGACCGCUACCUCCUCCAGCCGGAGCAGUUCUCCCACGAGCUGGCGCAAUACCACAAGUACAUCAAGUCUAUGAUCAGCAUCGCCGACAACGAGACCGACGCCGAACAAUUCGCUGAUGACAUUGUGGAGUUCAGCAAGAAGUUGGCUAAGAUAAUGACGCCAGUGGAAGUCCGUCGCAGCGGUACCCACCUGUUCCACGAGGUCAGCGUGCAGCAGCUCAUACAAGGCUCCAGCGCCGGACCCCCUCAGUGGAAACUGCACGACUGGGAGCGGUACCUGAAGCUGGUGUUCAGCAACACGAGCGUGGUGCUGCACCCGCAGCAGGACCGCGUCAUCGUCAUGGACCUGCCCUAUCUGCACAAGCUGUGUGUGCUGCUGUCUGAGACCAAGCCUGUUAUUGUGGAGCGUUUCGUGUGGUGGUCGGUGUUCUCGACGGUGGCGCCGAUGACGCUGGCCGCCUUCCGCGCGCUGGGCUUCGAGUUCUCGCGCGCCGUGUUCGGCCUGCAGCAGCGCACGCCGCGCUGGAAGAGCUGCACUGCUAAUGUUAACGCCAACUUCGGAGUGGCGCUGAGUUAUCUGUAUGUCAAGAGGCACUUUGACUACACUUCCAGGCAGAAGGCUAUAGAGAUGGUAGAAGACGUCCGCUCCGCGUUCGCAGCAGCAGUCCAGGAGUUAGACUGGAUGGACUCGAGCACGCGGCUGAAGACGCUGGAGAAGCUGAGUGCCAUCCGCAACUUCGUCGGCUUCCCCGCCUGGCUGCUCACUAAAGAACAGCUCGAUAAACAUUAUAAACAUGCAGAAGUAAUAGAAGGCAGCCUAUUCGAGUCGUACCUGAAGCUAACAUUUGCGGCCGUGAAGAAGUCGCUGGAGUCUCUCCGCGAGAAGCCCGACAGGAACCGCUGGGUGGCCACCGCUACUACCGUCAACGCCUUCUACUCCGCUACACUCAACUCUGUCACAUUCCCUGCUGGUAUAUUGCAGCCACCGUUCUAUGGAAAUGGAAUUGAAGCGAUUAAUUACGGAUCAAUUGGUGCCAUAAUGGGACAUGAAGUCACACAUGGAUUUGACGACCAAGGUCGUCGCUAUGACGAAGAAGGCAAUCUCAAGCAGUGGUGGUCAGCAGCAACCCUCGAACAUUACCACAGCAAGGUCCAAUGCAUCAUCUCCCAAUACGGGCAGUACCACAUGGAUGCCCUCCCAGGAUACGCAGUGCACGGGUUCAAUACCCAGGGGGAGAAUAUUGCUGACAACGGAGGGUUAAGAGCAGCUUUGAGGGCAUACCAGCUACAUGCCAAAAGAACUCCCGGAGACAAGAAGGUCACGUUGCCAGGGUUGCCGGAUUAUACUCCUGAUCAGCUGUUCUUUUUGGGCUUUGCGCAGAUAUGGUGCGGCAACUCAACAGUGGGCGCUCUAAAAUCCAAAAUGGUGGAAGGCGUCCACAGUCCGAACAAAAUCCGUGUCAUCGGCACUCUCAGCAACUCCGCAGAAUUCGCGAAAGCCUGGUCGUGUCCACUCGGCUCUCCUAUGAACCCGCCACAUAAAUGUGUAUUAUGGUGACCUAGUGACUUUAAAAACCGUCGACAAAGCUUAAAAAUGGCGUAAAAACCGUUUAACACAUGUGCCCUUUUUAAAAUGGUCGGCGAACUACCAAAGACUUUUAGCAUACCGAUAGUUACCGCCUUAGGGUUUACGUACAACUUUUAUACCGUGGAUGCACUCGUGCUAUUCGCGAUGGAAGCAUUAUAUUUAAGUAGUCAUUUGUUGUGUUGUUAUGUUCCUGACGAUGUGAUAGAUACCUCCAAUUUUAAGGAGUUUGUUGAUUAAGGUUACGGCUCAAUGGGAUACGAUUUUGACUGUAGAACUGAUGUGUCAAAUAAUAAAAACCUUAUUACUAAAGUCAUAAGGUUGAAAGUUGCUGAUCAUGAAAUAAUUCCACAGUAACUGCUUGAGUCAAAUUCUCAUCCAUUGGACUGUUGUAUGUUUAAUUAGGUAUAAGUUAAUUUUUUAUAAUUAUAGUGAUUUAUCAGGGACAUUCCAUUAAAUUUUACAAACUUAAAACAUAUUUUAACUAUAAUAACUUGUAGUUAAAGCAUAUUUUAAGUGUUUAUAUUACAAUUAAUUUCCAAAUGAUAUUAUUUAAUUCGAUUCCCUUAUUGAAUUUUUAACUAAUAUCAUUAUGUCGCGAAAUAACACGGGUGCAUCUUUUAUUAAUAUAAUGAACAAAAAUUAUUUAUUACGAAAAAUUAAAACGAAAUUAUGAAAUUAA